AUGUCUAAUCCAAGAGGACGUGAAGAUUGCAACGUUGUUCGGACUUUACGAUGUCGAAAAAGCUAUGAUAAUCGUGAAAAUAGCAUUGAAAAUGAGCAGCUAGCAGUGAAGGAUAAUGCAGAAAAAUUUGUAGCAGUAGAACCUGCCAAAACUGUAGAAAAACAUAAUCUAGCAGAUCCCGAAACUGUCACAAAACAAGUUUUACAACGUGUUUAUGACCCUCCGCUACCCUAUCCUGAACGUGUAAUUCCUAAAGCGAGGGAUCAGAAACUCAAGGACUUUAUGCAGACAUUAUCCAAGGUUGAUAAUCUUUAUCUAUCGGCAGAUUUUGUGGUUCUAGACAUGCACGAAGACCUUCAAACACCUAUUAUUUUGGGGAGGCCAUUUAUGGUAACAGCUAGGACUUUAAUUGCUAUGAAAGCUGGAACAUUGACUUUACGGGUUCAUGACCAAUAUGUGGUGUUUAAUUUGUUUGAGGCAGCGAAACGUCUUGCUAAACAGCAAGAAUGA